ACUCAAAUUUUCCAUCUUUUAAGCAGAGAGUGAAAUGAAAGUUUAGUCUUUGCAAAAUGCCUUUUUGGCAAACAAGCACUGGCACUGGCACUGGCAAUGGCAAUGCCACUUCUUCUUCAACUAACACCACCACUUCUUCUUCUUCAACAUCUUCAAGUUCCAUGAGCAGUAAUAACAGUAAUGGCAACAAUGGUUGUCAGCAGAACCAAAGUAACCAGCUUGGAGAGACAAGAUCAAGUCUUUAUUAUUCAACAAAUGCAAUGUCUUUUGUUACCAAGUCUUUGUUGCCUACUAGAAGAAGACUCAGGCUCGAUCCUCCUAACAAGCUCUUCUUCCCUUAUGAACCAGGAAAACAGGUUAGGAGUGCCAUUGGCAUAAAAAACACUAGCAAGUCUCAUGUAGCUUUCAAGUUCCAAACAACUGCACCAAAGAGCUGUUACAUGCGUCCUCCCGGGGCUAUACUUGCACCUGGUGAAAGUCUUAUUGCAACUGUAUUCAAGUUUGUGGAGCCUCCAGAGAACAAUGAGAGACUACUGGAUCAGAAGAGCAGGGUAAAGUUCAAGAUCAUGAGCUUGAAAGUGAAAGGAGAAAUGGAAUAUGUUCCUGAGAUGUUUGAUGAGCAGAAGGAUCAAGUAGCAGUUGAGCAAAUUUUACGAGUUGUUUUUCUUGAUCCAGAAUGCCCUAGCCCUGCACUGGAAAAGCUUAAAAGACAACUGGCUGAGGCUGAAGCUGAGCUCGAAGCACGCAAGAAGCCUCCAGAAGAUGCAGGCCCCCGAGUUGUUGGCGAAGGACUUGUUAUAGAUGAGUGGAAAGAGCGGAGGGAAAGAUACCUGGCACGCCAGCAGGUUGAAGUUGAUUCUGUGUGAAGAUCCUGUUUCCUUGCAAGCACUUGUUUUUUCUUGAGCUGAGGUUUCCUUUAUUUUAAGCUUCUGUAUCUAUCUCUCAACCAAAACAAGAUUAUAUCUUCUCAGUAUCCGUCACUUACCCUACUUGUUUACUUUUUGUUUCUUAGGAUAUUUGAGCUUUAUAAUCAUUUUUAUAAUCAUUA